AUGGCAGCGCCCUCCGAGGACGUGGAGAUGGUGGACGCCGCCCGUCCAGGGGCAUCGCCCCCCGAUGCCAAGCGCGGGCGCUUCGCGUCGCCGCCAAGCACCGAGGGAUCGCAGCUGCCCUGGGUGGAGAAAUACCGGCCCUCGUCGCUCGGGGAGUUGGUCGCGCACGAGGACAUCAUACGCAUGAUCGAGCGCAUGAUGACCAAGAAGCAGCUGCCGCACAUGCUCCUCCAUGGCCCCCCAGGCACGGGCAAGACCUCCACCAUCACGGCGCUCGCGAAGACUAUGUACAGGGAGAAGUACAAGUCCAUGACCCUGGAGAUGAAUGCCUCGGACGCGCGCGGCAUCGACGUGGUGCGGGAUCAAAUCAAGACCUUCGUCAGUGUGAAGCAGCUAUUCAACUCUGGAAGUACUGAGGGGCAGCCCAAGCUCGUGAUCCUCGAUGAGGCGGACAACAUGACGCAAGCCGCGCAGUUUGCCCUGCGACGUAUGAUUGAGCAGUACGCUCCGAACGCCCGCUUCAUCCUCAUCUGCAACUACAGCAGCAAGAUCAUCCCCGCGCUGCAGUCCCGGUGCACCAAGCUGCGCUUCGCGCCGCUGCUGGAGGAGCAGAUCUUGGGGCGCCUGAAGCACGUGGCGCGCUGCGAGGGCAUCGACCUCAGCGACGACGGGGCCCAGGCCAUAGUGCAGGUCGGGGCCGGCGACAUGAGAAAGGUGCUCAACAUCUUCCAGACCACGUCCAUGGGGCACCGAGGCAGAGUGGAUGCCGCCGCCGUGUACGAUUCCACAGGCGUGCCUCCCCCAGAGGACAUCGACAGGUUCCUGCGGACGCUGCUGAACGGCGCCGUGACCUACGCCGCUGGCCUGCAGAGCCUGCAGGAGCUGCUCCGGGAGAAGGGCUAUGCCCUCGACGAUUUUCUGCAGCUGAUGCACGGCAGGCUCGUCGUGCAGGAGAUACCUGCGAACCAGCGGCUCCCCCUGAUCGCUGCCCUGGCGGACAUCGACUACAGGCUAAAGCAGGGCUGCAGCGAGCGUCUGCAGCUGGCCGCCAUCGUCGGCGCCUUCCACGAGGCCCGCGCGGCGGUCGCCUGA